AUGUCCGUAUCAUCGCCCUGCUUUCAGGCUACUUUAUUUAUAGCCCAGUGUGAAAACCACGCGUUUGUAAAGGUGCCACCACCUCGGAUCCAACGACAAGGAUCAACUGAUGAUUAUACAGCUUACACUUCAACGAAGGAUAAAAUGGAAUUUUUUAAUAACACCUACGCGUAUGUCAGAAAAAGUAAAGUGGAUGAUUCCAACGCAAGAAUAACCGAUAAAUAUCUUUGCAUUUCCGUCUUACCGAUGAACGUUGCUACAUUGAUGAAGCCAAUUACGAUACAUGAUGGCUGUAGCAUUAUAGGUGGUCUGUGGUACGACACUCUCCUCCAUAUAAUAGAUAUAGUGAUGGCUCACGGCAAAUCCCGUUGUCAUCUGGCGGUGGAAUCUCCACGGACAAUAACGAAAAGAAUCGAGACUUACGUCACUAGAGGUGCCAGAGAAGAAGAGCGCAGGGCCAAGAAGGCACUUCUGCUUUUGAAGGCUAGAGACCAGCAAAUCCUGCUGCUCGAAAAGCGAGUAGCGCAGUUGGAAAAUGCUGCUGCUGAUAUGCACGCGAUCACUUCUCAGGUUCAGAUGAGCAGUCCACAGACAUCGGACAAUGCCUCAUACCUUAGCAUCGCGCAAGGCUCUUCGACGAGCUUAGAUUCUCAAGAAAACUCAGAUAAUUUUGUUCGUGGAAGAAAUUCGGAAGAAAAUCUGAACCAGUUGAUUCGUGACAAACUUGAAUUGGAAGAAACGAAGACCGGUGAACGACAUCCAGUCCUUGUGCCAUCGUUGAAACUUUCCAUUCUACCCCCAUCUGACUCUGAGAACGAGGUCUUCUCUACGCCUGUCUUGUCGAAACCUCGGGAUAACGAUAACGAUAAGGGUUCCCAGAAUCUGGUCGGUUGUACCGUCUCCGAACACACGCUGUACUAUCUUGGUAACGAACCUUCAAAGUCCGUUACUGCCUCUUCAAACUACACUUUGGCCGGCACCCUGUCGAAAAGUAAAAUCGCGGACGAUGUUCGUCAUGCGACAUCAACAGGGGCCAUGCACCCUGAAAACGCGUUUCCACAGACCUGCAAUAUAAACUUGGACAAGAAAGUUUUUCCUGAAAUAUCUGGACAUGUUCCGGAGAACAUCAACUGUUCACUGCAGACAUUGUUGAUAGCUGCUGCUGCUCUUUCACAGCCAAAGGGAACUGUUUUCUUGCAACAAUGUGAGAAUGACGUCAAACUUGACAACACCGUGAAGGAACAACCACGGCGUGAGAUGGACGGGUCAACUGCUGGCUUCGUCAAGUCCAAGUCAUCCUGCGCCACAAAGCUGUCACCGUCAGUCCCUUGGGUCAGGAUGAAACGGCGAUUGCGUAGAAAGUCUCGUGGCCACGAACUCGGAUUCUGUACGAAGACGGACGUCAUGUUUCGAGCAGCGGAUACCAGACGUCAGAAAAUUGGAUUCAAAAAUAGUCACGACGAGGAGAAGCGAUCGGUGCUCUCGGUCAAAAUGGGAUCAGUUCAGUAUUCAGUAUUCCAAAGUCAUGAUAUUAUGAACAACGUCACAAUUCUUGAAAGUUGA